AUGUCCCGUUUCUUUGCUGCUGGCUAUGAUUCUGAGUCUGGGUCCUCUUCAGAAGAGGACUUGUUGACCUCCUCCUCCGAAGAAGAACUUUCUUCCUCUGAAGAAGAACAAUCGCUCGAGUCGGACUCUGAGUUCGACGACGCUGACGACAGCUCCGAAGAUGACGGCCCGUCGGCCCUGGGCCCAGCAUACUUUCUUAAGAAGGCAUUCCUCAAAACAGAUGCCUCUGACUCCGACAGCGAUGACGAAGGCAGAAAAGUGGUCAAGUCCUCAAAGGAAAAGUUGAUGGAUGAGAUGCGCGACUGCAUCGCGCUGAUUGACGCCGCAAAGGCUGCGGGCGACUGGGUGAAGAUUGUGGCUGACUUUGACAAGUUGGGCCGCGCAUUGACCAAGGCGCAGCAGCAGAGCAUUGCGACGCCGGCGUUCUACGUCGAGGCGCUCGCCGCGUUGGACGACGCGAUCGCUGCGCAGACUGAUGUCAAGAAGAUGAGCGCGUCCGAGUCGCGUGCCUAUAACACGGUCCGCCAGAGGGUUAAGAAGCAGGUGCGUGAGUUCCAGGCGCGUGUGGAUGCGUUCCGUGCGGGCGGCGACGCGGAAGAGGCCGCUCCCGUUGUGCGCGCGGUCGCCGCGUCUAGUGGCAUCUUUGCGACGCUCCAGACCAUCGCUGAGACGCGUGGUAAGAAGAACGUGGACCGCUUCCAGCAGAUCCAAGAGUUGGAGGACCUCGCCCAGCUUGCCAAGACGCCGUUCGAGCAGAUCUCCGUCUACUUGAUGAUGAUUCCGAUCCGUUUCGACGUUUCUGCCAACGCCGCCUACAUGUCACUCGAGCAGUGGAUGGCGGCGGAAGCCGAUAUCAAUGCACUCUUUGAUGUGUUGGAGACCAACGCCGCCACUGUUGCGCUCUUGGAGACUGCGGAGGCCACCGACAAUCUCGAGACCGAGCCGCUGCCAAAUGCCGCGGGGGUCAAGGAGAUCUUGGGGUCUGCGGGUGGUUUCGUGGAACGUCUUGACGACGAGCUCGCGCGCUCGUUACAGAGCAUCGACUCGCAUGCGGCCGAGUACAGCGACCGUCUUAAGGACGAGGCGCGUGUGUAUGCAUUGCUUGUGCGCGCACAGCUCUAUGCGGAGGCGACCGCACGCACGAGUGAACAGCUUGCGCGUCUCGUGCUCCGCCGUCUCGACCACAUCUACUACAAGCCGGUAUCUUUGAUCGCCGCGGCAGAGGCCCAGGCGUGGAGCGGUAUUCCUGAAGCACAGAACUCCACCGUUGCCCCACGUGUCGCGGACGCGGACACCCUCGUCGAUGCGUUGUGCUCCUUAUUGUACACGCAAAACUCGGUCUUCCGCAAGCGCGCCAUGCUCUCGCAUAUCUACUACUAUGCCAAGAACAACCAGUACUACAAGGCCAGAGACAUGUUCCUUCUCUCGCACCUCCAGGCAACCAUCCACACGUCCGAACCGCAGGUGCAGGUACUCUUCAACCGCGCGUUAGUGCAAUUGGGGCUUUGCGCGUUCCGCGCCGGCUUGAUUGCCGAGUCGCAGCAGGUCCUCCAGGAGAUUGCCACGUCGCCGCGCUCCAAAGAGCUCUUGGGUCAGGGCACCGCCAAGUUCAGCCAGACCACCACCGCCGCUGACAAGCAGAGAUUGUUGCCGUACCACAUGCACACCAACCUCGAGUUAUUGGAGGCCGCUUUCAUGACCGGCUCUAUGUUGCUCGAGAUUCCCCAGAUCGCGGCCCAGGCAUCCGACUAUAAACGCAAGACUGCCUCCAAGUCUUUCAGACGUUCCUUGGAGUUCUACGACAGACAGUACUUCACCGGCCCACCGGAGAAUACCCGCGAUCACGUGUUGCACGCCGCAAAGGCGUUGCAGGCGGGCGACUGGAAGAAGGCGCACGAGUUCUUGUGUGCGAUCAAGAUCUGGAACCUCUUCCCAGAUGCCGAGGAGCUCAAGGCCAUGAUGCGCACCAAGUUGCAGGUCGAGGGCUUGAGAACUUAUGUGUUCACCUUUAGAACCUUGUAUAGCAAGUUGUCCAUUGCGCACCUUGCCGCAGUGUUUGAGCUCUCCUCCGAGGAGGUGUGCGCCGUUGUCUCCAAGAUGGUCUUCAACGACGAAAUUGCCGCCACCUUGAGCCAGCAGACCGAUUCCAUCGUCUUCCAGGGCCGCGAAUUGACCAAGUUGCAAGAGAUGACCUUGACCUUGACUGAAAAGAUUGGCCAGUUAUCCGAGAGAAAUGAGAGACUCGCUGCCGGCGGCCACCAAGCCCAGAGUGCCUUCCAGAAGGGCAAGAACUACACCCCAGCCGGCGAUAAGUCCAGAAGACAAGUUGUGUAG